AUGUCUCACAUCAUAAGACGACAAAAGAAUGUGUGGAAAAAUGAGCAGUCACUGGUACAGCUAAUUAAAGAUGGCAAGAAAGAUGGAUCGGGGAUGAAGUUGGAUGUUCUUGAGCAUCUAUCAGGUCCAACAGAUAAUGGUGAAGUUACAAAGUUAUUAACUGAGAUAGAUGGCAGGCCGAGUCAUUAUAUUAAGGCAGUGUUUACUUCAGAUGCCAUGGAAGAAUUUUCACAGGACCAAGAGAGUCAGCCUGAUUGGGACAGUGCACGCAUCAUACUGAAGAAUUUUGAGUUGAAUCACAGGCCAUUGGCUAACCAGAAUCAGGUGGAGUUUUUCCUGACAGUUAAAGCAUUCACAGUCUGGGCUCUUCAGGAGAAUCAUCGGAGAUCGACAUCCACCUUCGAUUGCAUGGAGAAUAAAGAUGUGAAAUCCAAAGCUGUAGAAGUCUGGGCCAAGUGGAAGGCUGAACAACAAGAGGAGUCAACAUGUGGUACAGAGCCAUCUAUAUCUGACCUACUUGCUGAAAUGGCUGCCCAAUCACAAGAUGAUUUGGCCCCUGCUGAGAAUCUCCUGGACAGAGAGGUGUCAGGGCUAACAAAUAUUGGCCUCUCUAGUGUUUCUGCUCCAACUAUAGAUAACAUCUUCACGAAACAAGAUAUUUUCAUUAGUGCCCAAGAUCAGAACACCUUGAAGGCAAUAGAAGUGUGGCAUGGUGACAGCCCACCUGAAGGUGAUCUUUCAGUUGAGAAUAUAGCACAACAGAAUGACUCCCAACACAACCAAGAUUCCUUUGUGGCUUCCGUUCAAGGGAUACUAACACCCACCCUGAAGUCCUCUGCUGAAAAACUGAAAAAACAAUCGAGCAAAUCUCAUUCCGAGAUCUCAGGUGUGGAAAAACCAUUAAAUUCGAAAGUGUCUGAUACUCGACCAGUUCAUAAACAAACUAUCAUGUGCCAAGUGGGUGAUUCAUUGAAUAAUGACCUUGAACUUGGGCUACAAGGUCAAUGUAAUGUCAGCACUGAGAUUGGCGAAUCAUUGAUGGGUUCACAAUAUAACAGAGACAGAUUACAAGAGCUGAAUAACAAAAGAAACACUGACCACAAAAAUCAACACACUUCUAACAUAACCUCUAAAUGUGCUGCAAAAAAUCAAAACCAAAAUAAAGUUAUACCAGGACCAUCAAGUUCUUGUGAUUCUCAUAGUGUGCCAAAUGAAGAUUUGGAGCUGAGUUGUGGGUCCAUACCAGACACACAAGACUCUCAGUCUCAGGACCCUCAUUCUCAGGACCCUCAAUCCCGGAACCCUCAAACUGGGGACCCUGAAAGCCCUUAUGCAAAUGCUCAAAGUGGUUUAAUUAAACAUUGUAAACAAGGUAACAACGACCAUGCUGAAAUUAACAUUGCCUCUCAAUCUACUGAUGAAUACAUACGUCUAGAAAUUAAUGAUUCAGACCUUGAAUCAAUCGGAAAGGAAAAAGAUGAUCACCCAAGUGUCUGUAAUCAAGAAAAUGAUACCAAGAACCUAAAAGCACCGUCCAGUAUUAACCCAAUCUCAUCUUCAGAUCACAUAUCAAAGCCAAAUCCUCAGACAAUAUGUGAGAAUUCACAAGAGAAUGGAGCCAAAUCAAACAGUGAAGGAAAUUAUGAGUGUAAAAACAGAGUGAAUAAGAGCUUGUCUCCAAUGGAGAUGUCUUGUUCCCAUAGAGACAGUCCUAAUAAGGAUGUUAUACAAUCAACUCAGAUACCAUGUGGUGAUGAGGAAUGCUUUGCAAGACCUCACUUUCAGAUUUCACCAAUCAGGUCCAGUCCCUCAGAAUGCUCUGAGAGUUCUCACUACCACACUCCUACUAGGGGAUCCCCACAACAGACAGACACUCCAGGCCAUCUGUCCACCCCUUCUCUAGAACAACCUACCACCCCUUUAAGUUCUUCUAAAAGGCAACCUUCCACCCCUAUAAGCCUGGACUCAUUGAAAUGCAAGGUCAAACUCAUAGGCACGACCUCGCCUCCUCCAACUCUAACUUCAGACUUUGAUCAUAGAGAUCUCUUUUAUAAUGAUGAAGAAAUGAGAUCUGUUCACCUCAGGUAUAUUGAUAGUAACAGAGAUAAUAGUGUUGAAGAAGAACGGCUUAAGAAUUUACUCAGUAGAUCUCUGUCUCCGGGACAAGCUGAACUUUACAUGAAAGUUCUAAAAAGCCCAAGGGCACAGAGCCCUAGGAGUAACACUUCCAGAACAAAUAGUCCUCGAACGUUACGUCGAUCACCAUCAAAUAAAAUCAAAUACCCUGAUUUGGGCAACAUAAACAAAGACUCUCCAGAGAGUGUCCGAUUGGACGAUUUAAAGAAACCAAAUAAACGCCCAUUAGAGACAGACUCUUUAUAUGGUAGUGGCAGGUCAACUCCAAGUAGGAAGAGACGAAGAUUAUUUAACAAACACAUUCAAGGAGUACUCUCCGACUCUCCAGAUGAAGAUGAUGAUAUUCAAGCAAAGACUAAAGCGUUUAAGAAUGCGACUGCACUAUAUACAGCCGAGCAACUCCAAGAGAAUAACAACAGGGAACGUAUGGAAGAGUUGCAACGUAAACUUAAAGAAGAAAAACGUCGCCAUGAAUUGGAAAAUGAAAGUGCCUUAUCAUCUGAUACUGAUGGUCCAAAAAUAAAAGCUAGUCCAAGUGAUGCCUUAUUUGGUCGGAAAAUAAGUAGAGCAGACAUAAAAUCAAUGGAGAAAUGUGCCAGUGCUCCUGAGCUUCAGCGAACACCGCAACGAUCAAAAAAGAAACUAUUUAGCAGUCAAGCAAGUGGUGUGUUAAUGCCAAAGGAGGACGAUAUUCCCCUCAGUAUUGAACCUCCUGUUAAACAUAGACAUCAAUCUGAGGCUAAAAAAACACUGAAUAAAGAUGAACAGGGAAAACUAUGUAAGAAACUCGAAGGUUUUGUACGUGUCUCUAAAGCCAGGAGCAUCUCAAGCUGUUCAAGUGGAAGUUCCCCGAGAAGUAAUUCAUCGCGCAGCUUAUCAACUGAGAGCUUUGAACGAGAUAGUGAAAAAUCAAGAAGUGACAUUUCAGAAGAUAUUUCUGAAAGAAGCUUUGGGGAUUCUGUUUUUGAUAAACCUGCCAUGAAUUCUCCAAAAAUCAAACGGAGAGUCACUAUUAAUGAAGUACCAGUUGAAAUUGAUCAAGUUAAACCUUCCAGUUCAAAACAAUAUAAUGCAUCUGAUGAUCUUAUAGUGACAUCUAGUGACUCAUCACAUGAGAAGUCUGAGAUUUCUGGAGUGGAUGAUUCAAACUUAUCCAACAAAACAGAUUGUAAAACAGAUAUCUCAAUAAAAAUUAAAAGAGAUAUCUCAAAGUCUGAUAAACCUAUUGAUGUCAAAUCAGAUGCCAACAAAAUAGAUCAAAAUACUACCUCAAUUGAACAAACUGCUGCUGAAUCUGACCAAAAACAGAAUAAACAUAUUGAGACAAUUGUGAUAUCAUCUGGUGAAGCCAAUGAUCUCGAUAUUACACCCUCACAAAUAAAUAUUUCUGAUGGCAUUGUCCAUUCAGUUUCCCAAAACAGAGUGGAUGACUCGUUGUCGACUAGUGGCCUUCAUGGUGAUAAAACAUGUCGUCCUGAUAAAGAUAACUCACAUACAAUAAGUGACACAAACAAUGAAAUGGUCUCUGCAUCUAAGGUUGAUACCCUAAAAACAAAUGAUAUAAACACCAGCCAUAUGGACAGUGAGAUGGUAAAGAAUAAGCCUGGUAAACAAAAUUCUGGGCAUGUUGAUAAUGACUCAAUUCCAAGUGAUGAGAAGGAUAACACAAGUCAAGCACAUCGCAAUACAACAAAGCAUCAAAGUGACAAUAAAUCCAGCAAGCACCAACAACAUAGUAACGAAAAGAUUACUAAAACCAAGAAGAUCUCCAUGGUAACUUUUCUCAGUGAAUCUGACGAUUGUGACAAUAACAUCAUCUCUCCAUCAAGUGACGAGAACACACAACAUUCCUUGCUGAAAAUAUCUACCAGAUCUCAAUCCACGAAAGAUGGAGCCACUGGUACUAGGAUGACAAGAUCUCGGGGAAAUCCUGCGAUUAACUCUAAAUCAACAAAUACAAAAUUUCAACCUAUCAAAGUUGAAAACAAAGUUGCCAAAACAGAAAUCAGCAAAAAAUCAAAUUCAAAAAGCAAUCGUUCCAAUAAAAGAAAGAAAACAGAUAAUAGUGAAGAAACUAUGAGAAAUGAAACAAAUGAACAACAACAAAGUAAAGCUAAAGAGUUAGACAAUGAAUCAGAUUCUGGUUGUGUUAAAAGAACCAGAAGAGCUACUGUUAAAGAAUCUGAAGCUCAUGAUGCAGGAACUACUUCGAUCACUAGCGUUAAUACUUCCCGGAGGUUGAGGAAUCGGGGGAAAUAUGAGGAACAUGACAAUGAUGAUCAGAAGCAAAGUGAAAUGUCAAAGAUUAACACAGAAGAUGUCAUUGGAGACAGCCGAAAAACAAGAUCUUCAAAAUGUUUAGAAAUCAAACACAAUUCAGAAAAAUCUGUCUCUAUGGAUCAUAGCAAACAGGAUCACAGAGGAAAGAAACCACGUACAAGCAAAUCUGAGGAAAGUUUCAAUGCACUUCAAACAUCAAGUGUCAUUGAAGAUGUUUCUUUGGUAAAUAGUGGUAACUUCCUGUAUAAAAGCACAACCACGCCAAUCCACUCACUGGAAUCAUAUCAGCCCCAGAAUACAGAACAUGCAUCCAAACCAGAUAAACAGCAUUCACAAAAUUCAUCUGAUUCUUCAGUUAACUCAUUCAAUGAGAAUAUUCGAUUGACAAGGAGCAGUCGAGGGAAAAGUUUCUUGACUGCAGGCAAUGUAUCAGAACAAUCUAGAAAUAGUCCACAAAAGAAUAUAUCUACUGAUUCUAAAGAAAAGUCAUCAAAUGAACAGAAGGAGAAUAGUGCCGUAACAAUGAGAUCUUCAAGUAGCUUAGUUGAUUCAAGUGGUCACAAAAUAAAAUCAAGGGAAUCUCGAAACUCCUCUCCUCCUACACCAGAAUUAAAAACAAAAACUAAAAACAGUUCACAAUCAAGAAACCAGUUGGAUAACUCGUUAUCUGAUUUGCCUAAACCAAGAAAAAUUCUGAAAAAGAACACUCAAACAAGGGGAUCUAGAACCAGUAAGGAUAUUUCAGCCUCUGAUAAUUAUGAAACUGAAAUGGGUACAAGCAGUAGAGAAUCUAGAAACUGUACAUCAACAAGGGCAUCUAGAAACUACAUUAAUGAUUCCUCUGAAUCUGAUACAGAACCUUACUCUAGUAACAUCUUAAAACAUAAUGAAUCUUGUAAACCUAACACAGAUUGUGUGGAUAGAAUAUCUAGAAACAAUACCAAAACAAGGGCAUCUAGAAACCUCUUAGACUCCUCAAGUUCUGAAGAGCCAAAUACCAGAAAACUUAGAAAAGUUUCAAAAACCCAUACAUCCAGUACAUUCAAUAAAGACCUUGUCAUUAAAGAGUCUAGAAACCCCACCCAAACAAGGAUAUCUAGAAACUACUCCUCUGAUUCUGAUAAAGAACUGAAUAAAAGAAAAACUAGAAACUGCUCAAAACUCCAAGAACAUUAUAGAGAAUCUAAAAACUGUACCAAGACAAGAACAUCAAAUAACUGCAAAAAUGAUUCUGAUUCUGAUACAGGGUCAAAUACAAGAAAAAACCAAAAGAACUCAAAACUUCAAGACCCUAGUGAAUCUAAUAACGAAACUGCCUUUAAAGAAUCUAGAGACUUUACCCAAACGAGAGCAUCUAGAAACCGAAUGGAGAACAUGUCAGAUUCUGAGUCUAAUACAAUGUCCAGGGAAACAGUCUCAAAACUUGGAAAACCUUGCAAAUCCAACGUGGAUAGUGCCAUCAGAGAAUCUAUACACUCUACUCGAACAAGGUCAUCUAAAAAUCGCAUCGCUGACUCAUCCUCGGAUUCUGACAAUGAACCCAAUACCAGAACAACUAGAAACAUUUCGAAGCUUCAAGAAUCAAGUAGAUUCAUCAAAGAAUCUAGAAACCCUACUGAAACAAGAGCAUCUAGACACCAUAAGGCAGACAAUAGGAGCGACUUAAAGGAAAUGCAGACACAGCUUAAGAGUCGUCUAACCAGACAACAGAGAGCGCUACUGGAGCUUAAAUUUCCAAUUCAACUUGCCAACAAAAUGAAGAAAUAUUUAUCAAACUGACUAAACUAGAAUAGUACAUCACACAAACAAUUAAGGAUGGUGUUUUCAGUUAUUCCCAAGGUUAGGCUGCACCGCAUGGUGUUCCAGUAGAAUGUGCAGACAAUCAUCAAUGGGACAUUUUGUUACUCAUGAGCUGAGAUUGCUCCUACACUACCUGAGUAUAGAUGUCUACUGGUAUAGAAGAGAGAUGUUCAUGAGGAGUGUCCACUCAUUGAAUGUUGAGUGUUUGGUUUCAGGCCCAUAGCCAGCUUUUGCC